AGAGGUGGUCGGCAGGACUUGCGCGGGAGCGGGAUGUAUGGAAGGGAUUUAAACUAACGAACAUAACCUUCUGACAGGAUGCGCUAACAACAAGAUAUUCUGCAGCUGUAUUCAAAGAAAGACGGAGCAUCCUCCCAAGAUAUGCAGUAUUUGAACUGCAAAUGAAUGAAGCAGCGUGAUUGAACAGGAUGUAUCCGAGACUAUAAGCGGAGGUGUGGAGGUUUUCCCGCGGUUGUCUGCAGAGGUAUUGGCUCUCAUCCCCUCUACCUGCCCGCUGGUAGAUCCUAGAGCCGGGACUGAUCUGUCCGUAUUCCCCUGUUUGUUGGUGGAUGAACUUCAAUGAUUCGGGACCUGAGCAAGAUGUACCCGCAGGCACGGCACCCGGUACCACACCAUCCGGGCCAGCCCUUCAAGUUCACCGUGCCAGAGUCAUGUGACCGCAUCAAGGAGGAGUUUCAGUUCCUACAGGCUCAGUUUCACAGUCUGAAACUGGAGUGUGAGAAACUGUCCAGUGAGAAGACAGAGAUGCAGAGACACUAUGUUAUGUACUAUGAGAUGUCUUAUGGACUCAACAUUGAGAUGCACAAACAGGUAGGAAACUAGAGUGAGUGAGUCUUAAA